GCUUAGGGAACCAGUACACGCGCCCGGGCGGAGAGCCUGGCUUGGUUCAGACCAUUGCGCGGGCCUACAGCAGCCGCUUUGGCCGGGACCUGGAUCCAAUGAAGGAGGUGGUGACCACCAUCGGGGCCCAGGAGGCCAUCUUCACCUCGCUUUUCGCUUGGACGGAUCCUGGGGAUGAGGUGGUGGUGUUCACCCCCUGCUUCGAUGCUGUCAUGAAGGCGGCCUCCAUCGUAGGCGCCAAGUUGGUGGGGGUGAACAUGCGCCCGUCGGCGUCCGGCGACCUGGGAAGCACGUCCAGCUGGUCGGUAAGCUUGGCGGAACUGGAGAAGGCCAUCACGCCAUCCACGCGGAUUCUGAUGUUUAACACUCCCAGCUCUCCCUUGGGCAAGGUCUUCCGGCGGGAGGAGUUGGAAGGUAUCGCAGACCUGGUGCGCAGGCACCCGCAGCUUCUGGUGAUAUCCGACGAGGUCUACGAGAGAUGUGUCUACGAUGGGCACGAACAUGUACACUUUGCAUCGCUGCCUGGGAUGUUCGAGCGCACCAUGACCCUCUUCAGCGCCGGGAAGACCUUCUCAUGCACUGGUUGGCGGGUGGGCUACGUCAUCGCUCCGCCAGCUUUGGCGGCGCCGCUGUUGGCGUCCCACGCGGCCACCAACUUCUGCGUGGCCACGCCGCUGCAGAAGGCCACGGCAGGGGCGUUUGAAGCGGCGGAGAAGGACGGGUACUUUGAGUGGUUCAAGGGCAUGAUGCAGGGAAAGCGGGAUAUGCUGGUGAAGGUCUUGCAGGAGGUGGGCCUAAAGCCGGUGGUGCCGGAAGGGGGCUACUUCGUUCUUUGCGACGCCGGCGUCCUUCUGGCGGCCGCAGGCAUCGACCCCGACGCCCAUCUUUCACCAGACGCGGCGCUGGAAGAGCGGCCCGACGUGCGAGUGUGCAAGUGGAUGACCGAGCACAUUGGUGUGACGGCAAUUCCGGUGAGCCCCUUCUACUUGCCGGACAGCCGGCAUCAAGCGAACCGUCUCAUCCGCUUCGCCUUUUGCAAGGAUGAGGCGACCAUGUCCUUGGCAGCAGCGCGCCUGCGGCAGUGGCACGCCAAGCAGGUCCCGGUCUACGGCUGCCUUCUCCUCUACGCACGCUGGGAGGUGACUGGGGCAGCCCUGCGCUUGCGAAGCUGCAACACCAGGGAGAUCUGCAGACUGCUGCGGCACGCCUUUUUUUCGGCCUUGUGGGCCGUUCCGGCAGUCACCUACAUAUGCCUGCGAGUCGUGGAGUCGCAUGAGAAUUAUCAGCUGGACCAAGCUCCUGGUCGCAGCCUUUUUCCCCUCCUCGUCAUCCACUACAUGGCCUCAGCCAUCGGCAUCGGCGUGGGGCUGUUCUUUCCGAUUUGGGUGGGUGACGCGGUUUGGCCGCUGACUCGGGUGUCUGUGCUCGCGCAGUUCUCGCGCUUUAUGUUUUGGGCAUUGGUGCUCACCGUGAAGUGUGUGCUUGCCUAUUACGGCUUGAUUUCCAAGAUGCUGCGCUCAGUCGGGAAGCUGCAGUUGAGUCAAUAUUCGUCUUCCAUGGUGUUUUCCCGGGCGGGCUGGCGAGGGCUCCUGCUGAACGCGCCCCUGAGCCGCGACUUCGUGGAGGAGUGCGGCGUUUGGGGCGCCUCGGCACUUUUUGCUCGGGGAAAGUCAUGGGGACAGAUGUUAAUUGCCACAAAACAAAGAAGCACCGCCCGGGUUUGCAUACUGGUUUGGAACUUUGGAUGCAGAGCUGAGGUGUUUGGGAUUUCACAAGGAAACCAGGGGAUGGAGGAUCCUUCGAUGUGA